GGAGGCUCGAAGAGACCGGCGGUUUCCCUUCCCCCCCCCUUCCCCCGUUUUCGGGACCUCCUGAGUCCACAGGAAAGGAAAUGGAGCGGGAGUGACGCCGCCACGGGACCUCCCGACCCCUCCCUUCCCCCUUUUCCCCCACAGCGGACAAGCCACGGCCUUGGGGGGGGAGGCCGGCAAGCCACGUCUUGAGUGCCGGACUGGCGGUUUCUUAUCCCGUCUAAGGCUCGCUUAGCAGUUGAUGCAGAAAAUAAAGAGGGCUCGGCUGGAAAACGAAAGCACAGGAAGUUGGAGAAGUUCCUUGACCAGUUCUGGAGGAAGGCUGAAGAUGACAGCGGUGGACGCUCUGCCCGACAGCGCCGAGGCCGUCGAGAUGGAGGACGCCUCCACGUCCCAGUUCCAGGUGGAGAAACACUCGUGGGAGGGGCUGCGUGACAUCAUUCACGGCAGCCGGAAGUACACGGGAAUGAUCGUGAAUAAGGCCCCCCACGACUUCCAGUUCGUCCGUAAGACGGAAGAAUCGAGCCCUCACUCCCACCGGCUGUAUUACCUGGGAAUGCCAUACGGAAGCCGGGAAAAUUCUCUCCUGUACUCGGAGAUUCCCAAAAAGGUACGAAAGGAAGCCCUCCUGCUGUUGUCGUGGAAACAGAUGCUGGAUCAUUUCCAGGCAACUCCGCACCACGGGAUGUACUCCAGGGAGGAAGAGCUGCUGAGGGAACGGAAGCGCCUCGGCGUCUUCGGCAUCACCUCCUAUGACUUCCACCGAGAGAGCGGCCUCUUCCUCUUCCAGGCCAGCAACAGCCUCUUCUACUGUCGAGACGGAGGCCAAAAUGGCUUCAUGAUCUCUCCGAUGAAGCCGCUGGAAAUCCAGACGCAGUGCUCGGGGCCGAGGAUGGACCCCAAAAUCUGCUCGGCGGACCCUUCCUUCUUCUCGUUCAUCAACAACAAUGACCUGUGGGUGGCGAACAUCGAGACGGGGGAAGAACGGCGCCUGACCUUCUGCCAGAAAGGUUUAUCCAGCGUGUUGGACGAUCCCAAGUCAGCCGGUGUGGCCACUUUCGUCAUCCAGGAAGAAUUUGAUCGCUUUACAGGGUACUGGUGGUGUCCAAUGUCUUGCCAAGAAG